AUGCCGAGUAGCACAACGCCUUCGAAGGCGCGAGGGGUCAAGUACAAGCCUGUCAAGGACAAGGUGUUGUGUGAAGCGUGGUUGUCCGUGAGCUGCGACCCAAUAAAUGGCAUCUAUCAAUCCGGCGACGACUUCUACAACAAGGGUAAGGAGGCUUUUGACACAGAACUCGCUCGCCUGAAGUCGACCGUUGCCGAACGCCCCGUAUCCUUACUCAAUUCUCGAUUCCAAACGAUUUCUCAAGCUGUUUCAAAGUUCGUCGCCUGUCAUGAGAAGGUCCUCAGAGUCUGCCAAAGCGGGCGAUCCCCGUCCGACCAAGAACGUGAUGCAGUGGCAUUGUAUGAGUCCAUUCCUAAGAACGGUUCAUUUAAAUUCCUACAGUGUUGGCACAUUUUGCGCGACUCUGAAAAAUGGGGGGCUUGGCGCACCUCCAAUGAAAAGUGA